AUGGCCUUGAAAGGCAGUGAUAUUGCCCAGCACAAUGACACCAAGUCAUGCUGGGUCAUUAUCCACGGCAAAGCCUACGACGUGACCGACUUUCUACCCGAACACCCAGGAGGUUCCAAGAUUAUUCUAAAAUACGCCGGCAAAGAUGCCACCGAGGAAUUCGAACCCAUCCAUCCUCCCGACACUCUGGACAAAUAUCUCGACAAGUCCAAACACCUCGGCCCCGUGGACAUGGGCACCGUGACCAAAGAAGAGAAGGAACAAGACCCCGAAGAAGAACAACGCCUACAGCGUGUCGAGCAAAAGCCCCUCCUCUCACAAUGCUACAACCUCUUCGACUUUGAAGCCGUUGCCCGCAGGAUAAUGAAGAAGACGGCAUGGGGAUACUACUCGAGCGCGGCAGACGACGAAAUUACAAUGCGAGAAAACCACAGCGCCUUCCACCGCAUCUGGUUCCGUCCCCAAGUGCUAGUCGACGUCGAAACCGUCGACUUCAGCACCACCAUGCUCGGCACCCGCGUCUCCAUGCCCUUCUACGUGACGGCCACCGCCCUCGGCAAGCUGGGCAACCCAGAAGGCGAAGUCGUGCUCACCCGCGCCGCCCACAAGCACAACGUCAUCCAGAUGAUUCCCACCCUCGCCUCCUGCUCCUUCGACGAGAUCGUCGACGCCAAACAGCCCUCCCAAGUCCAAUGGCUACAGCUCUACGUCAACAAGGACCGCGAAAUCACCCGCAAAAUCGUCCAGCACGCCGAGUCCCGCGGCUGCAAGGGCCUCUUCAUCACCGUCGACGCCCCCCAACUCGGCCGCCGCGAAAAGGACAUGCGCUCCAAGUUCACCGACCAGGGCAGCAACGUGCAGUCCGGCCAAGACACAGACACGUCCCAGGGCGCCGCGCGCGCCAUCUCCAGCUUCAUUGACCCCUCGCUCAGCUGGAAAGACAUACCCUGGUUCAAGAGCAUUACCAAAAUGCCCAUCAUCCUCAAGGGCGUGCAGCGCGUGGAAGACGUCCUCCGCGCGAUUCAAGUCCAAGCCGACGGCGUGGUGCUCUCCAACCACGGCGGCAGACAGCUCGACACGGCGCGCUCGGGCAUAGAAGUCCUCGCGGAGACGAUGCCCGUCCUGCGCGCAAAGGGGCUCCAGGACAAGAUUGAGAUUUAUGUCGACGGCGGGAUUCGACGGGCCACGGAUAUCAUCAAGGCGCUGUGUCUGGGUGCCAAGGGCGUGGGGAUUGGACGCCCGUUUUUGUAUGCCAUGAGUGCGUAUGGACAGGAGGGCGUGGAGCGGGCGAUGCAGCUGCUCAAGGAUGAGAUGGAGAUGAAUAUGCGGCUGAUUGGGUGUGCGAGCGUCGAGGACCUGAAUCCGAGUUUGGUCGAUACGAAGAGCUUGUUUGUGCAUUCGAAUUCGACGGCUACGGAUGCGUUGUCGAGGACCGUGUAUGAUCCGUUGGUUGUGCCGGCGCAGAGGGCGAAGAGUAAGCUAUAA